UGAGCUCACGGUUGGGCUGUGAUGUCAGCGUGUGCGCCGCGGUUCUUGCGCCUCCCCCAGAGCCUCGGACGGAAACGCGAAGCCACUUGGGAUCCGAACGCCUGUUUACACGCGCCACCUCUCGGCGGGAGGCGCUGCUCCGGCGGGUCUUUUUCAGCCUCCGGGACCCGGCCCCUGCCCCGCCCCGUAAUUGUGCGGCGCCCGCUGGCCCGGCCGAUUCCGGCGCAGAGAGGCUGGACUUGUAGGCGCAGCCGCUCCGGAGUUGAGCUGGGCUGAGUGCGGGCCGGCGAAGGCCGGCGGGGACGCGACCAAAGCUAUGCUGGGCAAGGAUUACAUGCUGGCCAUCAUUCUGGUCAACUGCGAUGAUGAUUUGUGGGGGGACCAGAGUCUGGAGGGGGAGCCAGGCCUGCCCCCUGGCUGGAGGAAGAUCCGUGAUGCUGCAGGUACUUACUAUUGGCAUGUACCCAGCGGUAGCACCCAGUGGCAGCGCCCAACCUGGGAGCCAGGAGAUGCAGAGGACCCAGGCACGAGGACGGAGGGAAUCUGGGGACUUCGGCCCCCCAAGGGGAGAUCCUUUUCCAGCCUGGAGAGCUCAUUGGACCGGAGUAACUCUCUGUCCUGGUAUGGUGAAGACUCCUACAUCCAGAGAGUGGAGCCAGGGGCUAAGUGCUUUGCAGUCCGGUCUCUGGGCUGGGUAGAGGUACCUGAAGAGGAUCUGGUACCAGGGAAGAGCAGUAUCGCAGUCAAUAACUGCAUCCAGCAGCUGGCCCAGACCCGCAGUCAGAGCCAGCCCCCAGAUGGUGCCUGGGGCGAGGGCCAGAACAUGCUGAUGAUCCUGAAGAAGGAUGCCAUGAGCCUGGUGAAUCCCCUGGACCGCAGUCUGAUCCACUGCCAGCCUCUGGUGCACAUCCGUGUAUGGGGUGUGGGCAGCUCCAAGGGCCGGGACUUCGCUUUUGUGGCGGGUGAUAAAGACAGCUGUAUGCUCAAGUGCCAUGUGUUUCGCUGUGACGUCCCUGCCAAGGCCAUUGCCAGUGCCCUACAUGGGCUCUGUGCCCAGAUCUUGUCAGAGCGAGUAGGAGUCAGUGGUGAUUCCCCUUGCUGCUCACUAGACCCCAUCACCCCUGAAGACCUGCCUCGGCAAGCUCCAGUUCCCUCAGAAAGGUGGAGAAAGGGGUCAUUGAGAGAGUACCCCGGCCAGCAUGGUGUAUAUAUUUCAGUGGAGCUAUUGGAUGCCGUGAGCCAGGCAGCUCAGACAUACGAGGCACUGUACAUCGGGACCCUGCCAGUCACCAAAGCCAUGGGCAUGGACGUGCUGAACGAGGCCAUUGGUGCUCUCACCACCCGCGGGGACCAGGAUACCUGGGUCCCUGCCAUACUCAGUGUGUCUGACUCUCUCAUGACUGCACAUCCUAUUCAGGCAGAGGCUGGUGCAGAGGAGGAGCCACUGUGGCAGUGCCCUGUGCGCCUUGUGACCUUUAUUGGCGUUGGCCGUGACCCACACACCUUUGGCCUCAUUGCUGACCUGGGCCGUCAGAGCUUCCAGUGUGCGGCCUUCUGGUGCCAGCCCCAUGCAGGGGGACUCUCCGAAGCUGUGCAGGCUGCUUGCAUGGUUCAGUACCAGAAGUGUCUUGUGGCCUCUGCAGCCCGAGGCAAGGCCUGGGGUGCCCAGGCCCGUGCCCGCCUGCGGCUCAAGCGGACCAGCUCUGUGGAUUCCCCAGGAGGUUCCCUGCCCCUUCCCCUGCUCAAAGGAGGGGUUGGGGGUGCAGGGGCAGCCCCACGAAAGCGGGGUGUCUUCUCUUUUCUUGAUGCCUUCCGGCUGAAACCCUCUCUGCUCCACAUGCCCUAAAUUAAUCCAGGAGGACUGGGGAAGGAGGCUCUGGAUGCCCAACUCUACCCCUUCAUUCCCCAGGGGUCUGCAGCUCUCACCCCUUGGAGCCUUCUCUGCCUGCCCCACUGACCCUUGACUACCCUCUAUUUAUUGCCCAAUCUAUUGUUUAUAAGGAUGAUGAGAGGCCGUGCACCACAGCGUAGGCCCAAGGCUCACCUUUCCCUGGGUCCCUGCAUUCCUUGCCCCUGUCCAGCCUGGGACAGUUGGCUCUACCUCAGCAACACUUUAUAGCAAAAUCAGUACAAAUAAAAAUCCCAGUGACUUCACUGGUUUUGAAUGGUA